CCUUCCAGGUAUUUGAAGAGAGCUAUAAGCACAUGUAGUGCAACAUUCUUCAGUUUCAUGCUUUACAAACAACAUUCUAAUGUGCUACAACAGCGUUCUCAGGCAGCAUCAGCUAUUUUGAAAUUUAAAAUAAAAGCCACAAACGUUGUAACAAGAUACCGACAGCACAGAAAUGUAGUGUAGUGUGAAGAAGUCCAGUUUAGCCACUUGGACUCAGGAGUGAGGAACAGCCCCCUGCCCUGUUCUGUUUUAGAGUGUAGACAUGGCCAAGACAUCCCAAACCCAGUGCUUGGUUACAAAGACUGCGGUCAGACUUAUUCCUGCCCUGUGUUCAAUGAGCUGAAGCCAGGCCCACCAUAAACCUGAUAUGGCAGAUGAAUUGACUUUGGUGAAAAGCAGACGGUGCAUGCUCAUGCAUCAUGCCAUAACCCAAAAGUUAAUUUCUCAGGAGAGCCUUCUCCCUGGAGAGACCAUGUUUCCUGAACACCAAAAGAAAGCGUAGAGUCAACACAGAUCAGGAGGGAGGGCAGCAUGAGGAGGACUAUUUGUCCUGCCUUCCACAAAGUCAGUUAGGCCUCUGCAGGCAGAUGUGCCAGUUUCUGACCACUGUCAAUAUGUCAGUUCUGCUUCUCAAAAUCACAAGCCUGCUUUGGGUUAGAGUACAUGCCUCCCAGGCAUGUUACUGUGGGCAAUUCUCCAUUGGGAUUGACAGCUGGUGCACUCAGCUGCAAUGUAUAUGGAGCACAUAUUUCCCUUCCUAUCAGCUCCCUGCGGCACUGUCAUAUUGAACAUCUCUGCAAUGGAAAGAUUAAAAGAAACCUUGUUGAAAAUAGAUGAGAAAGGAUUGACUUUAUGUUUAGACAGUGCCUAGGGCUGCAGUGGGUUGGGCUUUGGGGGAUGAAGUGCAGAAAGAGUGGCUGAAACUGCAUCUCCUCUUCCUCUCGUUGACAGAACAGUGUGAGGCUAUUGGCUUAUUGGGAUCCUUCAGUAUUGCUUUUCCUUUGUCUGGCUGGGAGACUGCUGCAAGUUUGGAUUGUCUGUACAUGGAAUAUGAAGAGGAUGAUGAUAUUUCCUUUGCAAGAUGGAUGAGCAGUUUCUGGGGCCACAGCUUGCUUGAUGAGAAUGAGAAAGAGGGAAGAGGCCACAAGAAACGUCAAACACGAUCCCUUAGUGAAAGGAGAGCCUCCCUUCCGGCCAGGCUUUCCUCCCUCCAUACAUCAAGACUUCAUGCCUCUGCCAAAGGCUCAUCUUCAGGUCAUCUCAAAGGCUCCAAGGAAUUUCAAGAAGACCAAGAUGUCAAAUACCAUCGCCACAAGAAGGCAAGCAGAACACCUUCAGGAGAUAGCUCGGGCCCAGAGACAAGAUCAAACUCCAUGCAGGAAUUUGCGGAGUCCUUUGAGAAGCAAUUGCAUUUCAAAAGCAAACGCUCAGUUUCUUUGCAACCUGAAGGCAUGAAGGAGAGAAGAGAGAGACUGCAUCUGAGGAAGAGCAAGUCUCACAAGAGAAUGGGAGAGAAAUCAGGACCAGGGCGAGCACAGGAAGAAGAGCGCUCAGAAGCUAUACCUGCAAAACACAAGGAACAGUUCCCAUCACAAGCAAGCACUGAGAAAGGAUAUUGAUGCACAGGCAGCUAGAAUGUCUUGGGCUAAUGAAUUUUAGCACUAUCUCUGAUGAACAGAGGGAGCAUUCUUGUUUUGGCUAGAAGAAGCUUAUUAGCUAGAGCAAAUCCAAAGCUGUAAAAUGAAACUAAAAUUCAACUGCAUAAUGGAUACCAUUUUACUACAUUCCUGUCUUUUCUUUUUCCACUAGGAAUGUGACCCCACUCAGAGAUAUGGGGCAGUGAACCACACCUGUAGAGGGUUUCAGGCAGAUUUAGCAUUACAGUAGGACAAUAGUGGGUUUGUUUGUUUGAGGAGAACAUCUAUGUAUUACAGAGCAGUGCAAAGACAUUGAAACCUUUAUAUUUCUCCUUUAAUUGCAAACAGAAAGUUUGGGAAAGAAAACAUACACGUAAACUGUUAUCCAUCACUUGGCCCUGACACUGACUUAGAUUUGGUUUGGAAACAGGGGUCUCUUAUCUUUGACCAUCUCCCAACUCCAAAUUUGUGGAGGUGACAGAAAACAAGCCCUCACACUCUCCUCCACACACUGCUGUUAUCACUGUCCCUGCAAUGCAACUCUCGUUUCUCUGAUGUCUUUCUUUUCUCUCCCAUGUCCUCAGUCUCAUUUCCAAAGUCACAUAACUAGUUUUUCUGCCAGCUUUUCCUCUGUUGUGGCCUUUCCUCCCUCCGUUUUCUGUUUUGUAGCUGCGACUCGUAGCUAUAAGUCUCUUUUGCCACAACUCUAGUCCUGCCUCAUCAAAAUUUGAGCCUUACUCAAACCUCUGGUAAAAGCAGAGAUGAUCAGCCUCCUGUACUUCUAUAUAGUAUCUUCAAGGGGCUGAUUAUACUUGCCACAAAUUCAGGGUGAUGGAUCCUUCUCAUUUUUUCCUUUCUUCAUGAGCUAAGGCCAAACAAAGGAAUUGGGAAGUGGCUCCGCCACCAGGGAUAAGCAUGUCUUGGGUUUCUGUUUUUUUUCUCUCUGGCUGAAGAUCUCCUAAACUCAACUGUAAAUCUCAUCAUGUCUAAGUAAGAUUUCCUUCCUUGCAGAGGAAUACAAUUUCCAUAUGCUCAGAAACAGCUUUUUGAUAUGUGAGUCUUCCCUUCAGAGAAAAUCCCUGUCACUGGGAAUAAUUUCUCCAGGCCUAGUAUGAAGAAAGCCUGCUUUGGUAAUAGAGGAUAUUGAAGACUGAUGGAUUUAUGAGCCAGAAUCAAAAUCCACAGUGUAUUCUUCUCAGGAUUUUCUGUAAUUAACAAAGGUUUUAUUACUUUACUUUAGAGCCUUAAUUUUGAAUGUUCAACCUUCUAAGAGCUUAGGGCAUCCUCAAAACUUUAUAACACUUAUCUUCAUUUUGGGAUUGGUUUUGCUUUAUAUAAGACUCUGAGGGUAUAAAAGAAAGUGGCUGAACCCUUGCUAAUGCUUGUAAGCUGUUUAUUGCCUGGCAACAUAUAUUACAAAAUAAUAAAUCUGACUGAAAAAAUAUUUAUUCUUAUGCAUGUUCCUGUCCACCCCAGUCCAGACUGGAUUUUCAUUAAAUUCUUCCAUCAGCCAAAACUUU